AUGGGGGCUGGGGCUAGCGCUGAGGAAAAGCACUCAAGGGAGCUGGAAAAGAAGCUCAAAGAAGAUGCUGAGAAGGAUGCUCGAACCGUGAAACUGCUGCUUCUGGGAGCGGGUGAGUCCGGGAAGAGCACCAUUGUCAAGCAGAUGAAGAUCAUCCACCAGGAUGGGUACUCGUUAGAAGAGUGCCUCGAGUUCAUCGCCAUCAUCUACGGCAACACGCUACAGUCCAUCCUCGCCAUCGUGCGCGCCAUGACUACACUCAACAUCCAGUAUGGAGACUCUGCCCGCCAGGACGACGCCCGGAAGCUGAUGCACAUGGCGGACACCAUCGAAGAGGGCACGAUGCCCAAGGAGAUGUCGGACAUCAUCCAGCGGCUGUGGAAGGACUCGGGUAUCCAGGCCUGCUUCGAACGCGCCUCUGAGUACCAGCUCAACGACUCGGCGGGCUACUACCUCUCGGACCUGGAGCGCCUAGUCACCCCGGGCUAUGUGCCCACUGAGCAGGACGUGCUGCGCUCCAGGGUCAAGACCACAGGCAUCAUCGAGACGCAGUUCUCCUUCAAGGACCUCCACUUCCGGAUGUUCGACGUGGGCGGGCAGCGCUCAGAGCGCAAGAAGUGGAUCCAUUGCUUCGAGGGUGUGACCUGCAUCAUCUUCAUCGCGGCGCUGAGCGCCUACGACAUGGUGCUGGUGGAGGACGACGAAGUGAACCGCAUGCACGAGAGCCUGCACCUGUUCAACAGCAUCUGCAACCACCGCUACUUCGCCACCACGUCCAUUGUGCUCUUCCUCAACAAGAAGGACGUUUUCUCCGAGAAGAUCAAAAAGGCGCAUCUCAGCAUCUGCUUCCCGGAUUACGACGGGCCCAACACGUACGAGGACGCGGGCAACUACAUCAAGGUGCAGUUCCUCGAGCUCAACAUGCGCCGCGACGUGAAGGAGAUCUAUUCCCAUAUGACUUGCGCUACUGACACACAGAACGUCAAGUUCGUCUUCGACGCAGUCACAGACAUCAUCAUCAAAGAAAACCUCAAAGACUGCGGCCUCUUUUGAGGUGCCUGAACUCAUGUGUGUCCCUGACACCCUGUAGCCCUAGCCACCUUGUAGCCCUAGCCCACAGGAGCCUAUCAGC